AUGUUGGCCGUCAGCUGGUCAAUUUGCAGACAACCGGCGAGGAGGGACGACCAGAGUGCAAGCGGAGCGCGAGGAGGUGUGAGUCAAGCGAGGGCCGUGCUGAGCGGGCCAGGAGGGGCGAUGGUAGAAGACCAUAUGAAUGAGUCGUUCAUGAUUUCAUCUCAGGAAAAAACGGACGAGGAAAAUGUAGCAAUGGAAAAUGUGACCAAUUCUAGGAAAUUCGUAGAAGUUAAAUGUGGUUCCCUGGUGGCCAAAAUGCAUGUGGAACUAUUUCUUUGCCCAGGAAUUCAUCAGCCAUGCAUCGAAUUCGAAAAUGAAAUGAUUAGUCCUAAGGAGUUCACAGUAAGAGCCAACAAAGACAAACAGAAAGAUUGGAAAGGAAGUAUUCGAAUAGGAAGAUCCAAUCUGAGGUCACUCAUGGAAAUGCAUUCUUUCGACUUCUUCAACCAUACGUAUUUUUGCUCUGCCAAAUGUCAAAGCAGAAACUACAUUACCCCUAAAGAAAGAGAUGCAGACAAAAUGAGGAGAAAAAGUAAUUUACAAGCUGAGAAGGCAGCUGCACAAAUCUCACAACUCUUCAACUCUCGACUUAUCGGUUUGUCCGACUGCACACUCGAUGCCUGUACAGUUUCGCAUCUCGUUAAGCUCAACAACGGAGUCAUCAAGAAUACUAACAAUAAUAACAAUACUGUCAACAACAAGAAUAGUAGUGAUAGCAGUGAUAAAAAUAGUGGUAUAUCAUCCACAAUCUCUUCAUCAACACUCAGUAUGAAGGGGAAUGAUUGUGCAGAAGAUUUUAUUGAUGUGGACGACUCGUUGACAGACGUUCAAAAUGUGGAUACUCCUACCACCGAGCAGAUUUUACGGCUUAUGAAUACAGAGCCAAUCUCGUUCUGGAACGAAAUGAACAGGUUUGGAUUGUUGGACGAGAUGGUAGACCAGCUGUCAGAAUGCCUUUCGAAUGUGAAGCAAGCAGCUAAAUCAGGAGGACUUGUUUGGGCAGCUCCAGCACUAACUCGCAUUGUUUCUGUUCUUAACAUGGGCGAUCGAAUAGUGAGCAGCAUUCAUUCGAAGCCAUCCGGCGAGAUUCACUCGACUGUGAACGCAAAACCUCGCCUUUCUACAGAUCACUCAUCAGUUGAAGAUUAUGCACGGAAGCGUUCUAUCAAUGAGUCCGUGCAGUCUUCUCAAUCACGGCAUUCUCCAGACGUUAAAAGACCUCGCGUGCAGUAUCCAGCCAAUGUCACUAACGCGGCGUGCGCUUUGGUAUGUUUCGUAGCUAUUUCGAAGAAGUGCUAG